AUGUCUUCUUCAACCAUGUUUAAUAUCAUUUAUCUUUAUUUCUAGUUUUCGUUUUAUUUUCCUUCUUUCCUUCUGUUACAGUAGUGUAAUGGCGGAGAAACUUUCUAAACAAUAUGGGGAGAAAUAAGCGUAAACAACCUCAAGCUCAAAAUCAGACGAUAAGCAGGAAUACCGAUAACAAUAUGAGCGAUGAAAGUCUGAUAUGUGUAGAAGAAGAGAUCGUGCCUAUGAAGAGGAGGAAAAUAGACAUUCAGAAUGUACCUUUACAAGCGGUUUUGCUUGAACCUUAUAGAAGAAUUUGGAAAUGGUUGAUGUCGACAUUUCCCUUCAGGUAUUUAGGAAGAUGUAUAUUAAUACGUUGCUGUAAACGUGUUUUACACUGUUGGGGCUUUUCACGUUGGCCAAGGAAAAGAACACAAUUAAUGGACAGCGAAAAUGAUGAUCCCGAGGAAGAAGAAAGACGGAAUCUAGUAAAUCAGAUAAGAAGUCUACAGUCGCAACUGGAUAAUUUAAACAUUGAACAUAAGGCACUCCGUUACAGGCACGAUAGAGAAACAACUAACAAUCAAAGAGAAAUAGAACAUUGUAAUCAGUUGAAUAGAAAAAGUGAAUCAAGGAUUGCUGAAUUGAUUCGAGAAAGAGAUGAAUUGAAAAAGGCAAAAGACGAGGCACUUUCAAGGUUAAGUGAGAUGAUGGGAGUAAAACUGAGAGAGAAUAAUCCUGCCAUUACAGACCUAAAUGAUCCAAAUCGUCCGAUGAAACUUGGAGAACAGUUUAAUGAGCUCUAUGAAAAUGAAUGGACAGAAGCAUUUUUAGAGCUACAAGAUUUGAAAACUGAUGACACUCCAAUUAGUGAAGAAGAUGCUGUCACAAUUUUACUGAAGAUAUUAAAGGAGAUAAAUGAGCAGAGUAUUGCAGAAUUGACACUUCAAUUAUCUGGCGUCCUUCAGUCAGUCCAGGGUCUUCCUCAAGAUGAUAUCAAAGAUUUUAUAAAAUCAAUCAAGGAUGCAUUUAAAGCUAAUUCAGGGAAAUAUGCUUCCUUAAUACACAAGAAAAUUAGUAUGGACGAUCUACAUUGCCCAACAGUCGUACAGUAUGUUCAUUGUUGUGAGUUGUAUAUAGAAAACUGUGCAAAGAUCUGCUACCUAGCUGCUGUACAAGAUCCUCCGAUGUUGCUUCAUUUUGACCCAGAAUAUGUGUACGAUAAACAAAUUUUCAAAGAGUACACAACAAUGGGACGCAGAGUAAAGUUUUUGGUGUGGCCUGCUUUAUUUUUGCACAAAGGUGGUCCUCUUCUUUCAAAAGGGGUUGUGCAACCUUUACCAGAUGUCGAUUGAACUUUAUUCUUCAAGUUAUUUAAUCACAAUGAUGAAUAUAUUAUACCUAGAACCAUUAUUUAUGUUUUCAUUCAAUAUUAUACAUACAUGUAUUCUGAUAUCAGUACAUGUAUGAGAUAUACUUGAAUAUCAGUAAUAAUUCAGGUUAUGUAAUAUAAGUCAGGUAGAUACAAUAAAAGUUUUAGUUAAAAAAUCA